AUGCUCCCGACGUUGACGGCGACUAUGACUACCUCUCGCCUCCCUUUGGUUACCCUGGGUGGGGAGGGUGGUGGCGGGGGUGUUGGCGGCGAGGGUGGCGUCGGCGGGGGUGUUGGUGGCAAGGGCGGUGGCGGCGGAGGUGGCGGCGGUGAGGGUGGUGGCGUUGGCGAUGGCGAGGGUGGCGAGGGCGGCGGCGGCUUUGGCGAGGGCGGGGGGGGGGGCGGCGGCGGUGGUGAGGGCUGCGGUGGUGAGGGCGUUGGCGGCGAGGAUGGCGGCGGCGAGGGCGGCGGCGGCGGGGGUGGCGACGGCGAGGGCGGCGGCGGCGAGGGUGGUGAUGGCGGCGGCGGCGAGGGCGGCGGCGGCGAGGGCGGCGGUGGCGAGGGUGGUGAUGGCGUUGGCAGCGAGGGCGGCGGCGGCGAGGGCGGCGGCGGCGAGGGCGGUGGCGAGGGUGGUGGCGAGGAUGGUGGCGAGGGUGGUGGCAAGGGUGGUGGCGAGGGUGGUGUCAGCGAGGGCGGUGGCGAGGGCGGUGUCGGCGGCGGGGGCGGCGGCGAGGGCGACGGCGGCGAGGGCGGUGGCGGCGAGGGCGGCGGUGGCGAGGGCGGUGAUGGUGGCGGCGGCGAGGGCGGCGGCGGCGAGGGCGUUAGCGGCGGGGGCGGCGGCGGCGGGGGCGGUGGCGGCGUGGGCGGUGGCGGCGAGGGCGGCGGCGGCGAGGGCGGUGGCGGCGAGGGCGGUGGCGGCGAGGGCGGUGGCGGCGAGGGCGGCGAGGGCGGUGGUGGUGGCGGCGAGGGCGGCGAGGGCGGUGGCGGCGAGGGCGGUGGCGGCGAGGGCGGCGGCGACGAGGGCGGCGGCGGCGAGGGCGGCGGCGGCGAGGGCGGCGUCGGCGAGGGCGGCGGCGGCGAGGGCGGCGGCGGCGAGGGCGGCGGCGGCGAGGGCGGCGGCGGCGAGGGCGGCGGCGGCGAGGGCGGCGGCGGCGAGGGCGGUGGCGGCGAGGGUGGUGUCGGCGAGGGUGGUGGCGGCGAGGGUGGUGGCGGCGAGGGUGGUGGCGGCGAGGGUGGUGGCGGCGAGGGUGGUGGCGGCGAGGGUGGUGGCGGCGAGGGUGGUGGUGGUGGCGGCGAGGGCGGCGAGGGCGGUGGCGGCGAGGGCGGCGGCGACGAGGGCGGCGGCGGCGAGGGCGGCGGCGACGAGGGCGGCGGCAGCGAGGGCGGCGGCGGUGAGGGCGGCGGCGGCGAGGGUGGCGGCGGCGAGGGCGGCGGCAGCGAGGGCGGCGGUGGCGAGGGUGGUGAUGGCGUUGGCAGCGAGGGCGGCGGCGGCGAGGGCGGCGGCGAGGGCGGCGGCGAGGGCGGUGGCGAGGGUGGUGGCGAGGGUGGUGGCGAGGGUGGUGGCGAGGGUGGUGUCGGCGAGGGCGGUGGCGAGGGCGGUGUCGGCGGCGAGGGCGGCGGCGAGGGGAGAUCAGGUGUAUGUGAUCUGUGA